GAGAAACGCUGCCUCUGUACCUGUCCGCUUCCUGCCACCUCUCACCUCCCUCGAACCCGCAGCACUGAAGUCAUGGCCUUCACGGGCAAGUAUGAGAUUGAGAGCCAGGAGAACUAUGAUGACUUCCUCAAGCACAUCGGCAUCCCCGACGACAUCAUCGAGAAGGGGCGCAACUUCAAGAUCGUCACGGAGGUGGAGCAGAACGGGAACGAGUUCACCUGGUCGCAGGUGUACCCCACCAAGACCAUGAGCAACAGGUUCGUCCUCGACAAGGAGUGCGAGAUGGAGACCAUGGCCGGCAAGAAGUUCAAGGCCACGGUCACCAUGGAGGGUGGGAAGAUCUCCGUCCGCUUCCCCAACUACCACCACACGGCCGAGGUCAGCGGGGACAAACUGGUCGAGUGCUCCACCGCCAGUGGGGCCAAGGGUACAGUCACAAUGAAGAGGAUCAGCAAGAGGAUCUAACACCUCCUGCGCCCCCCCCGGCCGCCGCCACUGCAAACCCCAGACUGCAAGAAAAGCUGGAGAAGACCAUCAGGAAGGGCACUGCCAAGAGAGGCAUCCAUUCCGUUUAGGUGAUAGUAUCUGAUUGAUCCCAGACUCCCGUCCAGCUGUUUUCUGAAAGAAGCCAGGUUAUCAACUUAAACAACCACGGCUGAGCUUCUUGAUUCACACCCCCACUACCCUUUGCGUAAAGAAGCGCCUCCUGUCCCAAAUUCAUUCAAAUUCCCUUAACUCCCACCCCCCCCAAAAAAAACAAAAAACAGUCCAGCUAACUUGUUGAGGUUCUUUGAAAAAACAGCAGCAGUAACGGAUACAAACAGAGGACGUCAUGUAGUAAAACUUAACCUUCCAAAGCAUUUCAUAAAGCUGCUCCUGAAAUGUCAAUUCUUAAGUUGCUGGCAGUAGACAGGCAAGGGAAUGCGUGUAUUGGAAUUGGGGACUGGCUAUUAUAUAGAAAGCAGACAGGACAGACAGGGGUGGAUGCUCUGACUGGGGUGGUGGAAUUAAUGGGUUACCACAGGCUAACAUACAGUAUAUCCAGGGUGUAAAUUAUGUGCAGAAGAGCCGAUGGCUUUGCCUCGCCUGCACUCUUACCUUCUCACCAUGUGUAAAGAUGAGCUCCCUGUGGUCAGUGUGGGAAAUAAAAGGAUGCCUUUCCUCCA